UCGUCUCUGACUGGUGCACAACAUCCACAGCCUCGUUUGUGAUUGGCUGAAUAGGGAACGGUUCAGUUUUCUUAAGACACGCCUUCUUUUUCAGUCAAAGCCCGAACAUGGAGACGGCUGGGAAAGUGAUCAAGUGCAAGGCUGCAGUGGCCUGGGAAGCUGGAAAGCCUUUAUCACUGGAGGAAGUGGAGGUGGCACCACCCAAAGCUCAUGAAGUGAGAGUGAAGAUCCACGCAACGGGCGUGUGUCACACUGAUGCCUACACCCUGAGCGGCAGCGACCCCGAGGGUCUGUUUCCCGUCAUCCUGGGCCACGAGGGUGCGGGAACCGUGGAGAGUGUCGGAGAGGGAGUGACCAAGUUCAAACCAGGAGACACUGUGAUUCCUCUGUACAUCCCACAGUGUGGAGAAUGCAAGUUCUGCAAAAACCCCAAGACCAACCUGUGCCAGAAAAUUAGGGUGACCCAGGGUCAGGGUCUGAUGCCGGAUAAGACGACCAGGUUCACCUGUAAAGGUAAGCCAGUCUUCCACUUCAUGGGCACCAGCACGUUCAGCGAGUACACGGUGGUGGCCGAUAUCUCGCUGGCCAAAGUGGAUGAACACGCUCCACUGGAUAAAGUGUGUCUGCUCGGCUGUGGGAUCUCGACAGGAUACGGAGCUGCGCUGAACACGGCCAAGGUCGAGCCUGGAUCCGUGUGCGCAGUGUUUGGUUUAGGAGCCGUCGGUCUCGCUGCCGUCAUGGGCUGUAAAGCCGCCGGAGCCUCCAGGAUCAUCGGUGUGGACAUCAACCCCGAGAAAUUCGAGCUGUCCAAGAAAUUCGGCGCCACCGAGUUCGUGAACCCGAAGGACCACAGCAAACCCAUUCAGGAAGUGCUGAUGGAGAUGACAGAUGGAGGAGUGGACUACAGCUUCGAGUGUAUCGGGAACGUCACCAUCAUGCGUGCCGCUCUGGAGACGUGUCAUAAGGGCUGGGGUACGAGCGUGAUCAUCGGCGUGGCCGCAUCCGGUCAGGAGAUCUCCACUCGUCCGUUCCAGCUCAUCGUAGGACGCACGUGGAAGGGCACCGCGUUCGGAGGCUGGAAGAGCGUCGAGAGCGUCCCCAAACUGGUGGAAGACUACAUGAAGAAGAAGCUGAUGGUGGACGAGUUUGUGACUCACACCAUGCCUUUCGAUAAGAUUAACGAAGCCUUCGACCUGAUGCACGCUGGGAAGAGCAUCCGAGCCGUCCUGACGUUCUGAAGAGCAGCUCUAAUUCCUCCAGACAACUUCAAUCAUUAGUUCAUGUCUGGCACUAAUUACUGAGCACUUAAUAAUCCCAUCCUGAUCUAGUCUUUGUGUUCAUUACACCUUAAAAUGGAUUCAAUAAAUAGAUGAUAAAGUUG